UACCAGCUCUUACGCAGUCUUUCUUCAUUCGUUUUUUUUUUCAACUCCCUUGCCCUCUCCCUCUCCUCUCCAAGCUUCUAUUCUACACUCUCAAACCAAAGCAAAACCACAACAACACAAACACAAACCCGCGUCUUCCAAAUCCGACGCCGCUUUUAGAUGGAUAUUGUUAACCAUGAAUCACCUACCUCGAAUAUUCGCCCAUAGAAACCAAUCCCCGAAGAGCACCAUGGAUCCCAAGACCAAGACGCGAAGAAAACAACCCAAGCUAGAGCGUCGAAACGCUGCCAAACACUUCGAAUACGACGCUGGAUCGUCGUCGUCUACGUCGUCACACGACUCGUCGUUGCUCUACACGCGAUCCAUGGACUUCUACGAUCGAACCAGCUUCCGAAUCGAAGGUGUGGAGGGCGAGUUCGACCGGAUUUGCCAGAGCCUCGGGCUCUCCGGCCUGGAGGACUUCACCAUUCCGGCGGCGGCGUGGGAGGCCAUGAAGGUUCGGUCCUCGUCCGACAUCUUGCCGCGGCUGAAGCACGGCGAUUUCGACGGAGAAGUGAAGGAGAAGGAGGAAGUUGGAGUGACGGAGUGUGAGGUUGAGGCUAGGGUUCCGGUUAGGGGUUUUGAUGAGUGUGUUCCGGCGGAGACUAGUGGUUGUUGCAACGGUGGCGGUGGGAUUAAGGGUUUUCGGCCUCCGAUGCUUAAGCCGCCGCCGGGGAUUAGGGUUUCGGUGGUGGAUAGCACGUGUUCCACGUGGGAUUUGUUGAGGGAUUUUGCUCCGAAAGGGGAAGGAGGGAAGGGGAGUUACGUGGAGUUGGGUGGUUCGGAUGAUGGUGGACGAGAAGAGAAGGAAGAGGAAGAGAAAGAAGAAGAAGAAGAAGAAGAAGAGGAGGAGGAGGAGGAGGAAAAUGCGGCGAGGUAUGCAGAGAUUGUUGGUGAGUUUUCGGGGUCGUGUUCGUUUACUACGUCGAAUGAAGAUGAUUCUUCUAGUACUACUACGGAUCCCAGGUCCAAUAAUAUAUCUCCAAAUGGGAGGAUCAAGCGUGUUAUUACUCCUGGUAACUGGCAGAAGGGCCAUCUUUUGGGGCGUGGUUCGUUUGGUUCUGUCUAUGAAGGGAUUUCUGAAGAUGGAUUCUUUUUUGCUGUAAAAGAAGUUUCACUGCUUGAUCAAGGGAAUCAGGGAAAGCAAAGUGUAUAUCAACUGGAACAGGAAAUUGCUCUUUUGAGUCAGUUUGAACAUGAGAAUAUAGUUCAAUACUUUGGCACUGAAAUGGAUGAAUCAAAUCUGUAUAUCUUUCUUGAGUUUGUAACCAAAGGUUCCCUUCGAGACCUCUACCAGAUAUAUAAUCUUCGAGAUUCUCAAGUAUCUGCCUAUACAAGACAGAUUUUACAUGGUUUAAAAUAUCUUCAUGAUCGAAAUAUUGUUCACAGGGAUAUUAAAUGUGCAAAUAUUUUGGUGGAUGCAAAUGGAUCUGUUAAGCUUGCAGAUUUUGGAUUGGCAAAGGCGACCAAAUUGAAUGAUGUUAAAUCAUGCAAAGGAACAGCAUACUGGAUGGCCCCAGAGGUUGUAAAAGGAAAAAAUAAAGGUUACGGGCUUCCGGCUGAUAUUUGGAGUCUGGGAUGCACUGUGUUGGAGAUGCUAACGGGCAAAAUUCCAUAUUCUCAUUUGGAAUGUAUGCAGGCAUUGUUUAGAAUUGGAAGAGGUGAGCCACCGCCUGUGCCAGAUUCUCUUUCAAGAGAUGCACGGGAUUUUAUACUGCAGUGUCUCAAAGUUAAUCCAGAUGAACGUUCCACUGCUGCUCAACUCUUAAACCAUACCUUUGUCCAAAGGCCACUUUCCCAGUCAUCUGGCUCUGCAUCUCCUUAUAUCCGAAGGGGUUAAACUUGUCAUCUCCAACAAUGAAACAUAAUGAAGAUCUGUCAUACAUUGGGUUUAAAAUAUCUCCAAUGUUUAGUCUUCAAGUUGCUCAAGUUGGUUUGGAGUGCAUUGUUGGUCGCAUUGUACCGUCAGAUUUCAGAGUUUCCUUGCAUGUAACUUAUCAAUUUUUUAAGCACUUGCUUUGGAUCACAAUUGAUAUGGCACUCCAGAGAGUAACUUACCCUUGGGCUUGAAUAUCUAAUUACUUGGUGAUGAUUUGUUUGUCGUAGCUAGCUAAAAGCCUAAAAUAUCAACGUCAAUCUCGUAACAGGUUGUCCGGGUCUUCCCCUUUUAUUUGUUUAGCCAGUGAGAGAAUUUAUAGGCUAAACCUCCGAGAGCAGUAGUAAGGAUUGAACACCAUGCUAUUAUUUGUACAUAUUACUUUCAUUAACAAGCAAUUGUUUUACAUCUUUAUUCCCGAACUUAAUCUCACUUCAUCUUUUGUUUGGUUUUUU